AUGACAGAACUGCUGUUUCCGCAAUUGACAACUGCUACCACAAGUGUUGUUGAGACUACAACCGCAGUGCCUGUUGUCACAACACCAGGCCCAGCAACAACACUAGGCCCAGAAACAACAGUUGUAACAUCAACACCAACUGUAAGUACCACUACCACUAAAGCAGCUACAACAACGGAAGGAACUACAAUCACACCUGCAGAAACAACUACUUCAAAGGAAACAACACAAGGAACAGCUGAGACAACAGAAGCACCUACAUCCACCACUGCUCAAGUGAUCACUCAACCGAAAGAAACGACAACAAUAAUUACAAAACCUGUUAUUGUCAACACUACAGCUUCACCUGGCACUACAGAAACAACAGGCAAAGGUACAACCUCUAUUAGCCCAAUAACACAGACACUUCCACCCAGCACAACUGUCUACACAACUGUUCCAACCACUGCCCGACCAACAACUACAGUUGUUACCACUACUUCCCCCUUUACCACAACUACAACAGUAUGUGUCUGCAAUGUCAAUGGAACUUCACGAAAUCCUGGGGACAUGGUGUAUAAUGUCACUGAUGGCAAUGGGUGGUGUUAUUAUGGAUAUUGUAAUGCAUCUUGUAAAAUUGAGGCACGUUCCAUGCCGUGUGCCACAACCACACUACCAACGACAACUCCCGGGUUGAGCACCCCUACAACGGCCCCACUUUCAACCUCAACUAGUCCUCCCUCUACUACCACUCCAUCAACAACCCCAUCUACAACAACCUUGGACUGCACUGAUGUGUAUCCAACAAGAAAGAAUGGAGAUACCUGGGAUGUUGGCAACUGCACCACAGCUGAAUGCAUUAAUGGUGUAGUGAAAACGAAGCCUACUCCCUGUUCCACAGUACAAAAACCCAUCUGUGCUAAUGGACGCAAACCUGUUAAAAUGGAUAACAAAGAUGGUUGCUGCUUCCACUACGAAUGUGAAUGUGUGUGCAGUGUCUGGAGUGGAACCCACUACAAGACAUUUGAUGGAAAAACCUACGAUUUCAACAAGAACUGCACUUACUACCUGGUCAAAGAGAUGAUCAAUAAAAAUAACCUGACGAUAACAGUGAACAACCAUGUCUGUGAGCCUUCAGAGGAUACAUUCUGCCCACAGGAUCUCACUGUUAUGUACCAAUCCUACAAGGUCGUCUUCACGCAAAUAAAGACUUCAGAAUCUACAGUUAAUGCAGUGUAUUUGAAUGACGAACGAAUCUAUCCCGCCUACAAAAACUCUGACCUGCUCUUCACCAGCACAGAUAUGGCGGUCACACUGGAGAUACCAGGGAUCAGCACAGAAGUGGUCUACAGGGGCUCCUCAAUCACCAUUGAGCUUGCCGCUUCCCUCUUUGAGGGGAACACUGAGGGACAGUGUGGGACCUGUGACAACUCCCGGAACAACGACUGCCGUUCUCCCAACGGUCAGGUGGAAAGCUGCUCAGACUCUGCAGACCAGUGGCAUGUCCCAAACAAACCAUGUACCGGCCCCCUUACUACUACUGUACCCCCUGUGACAACACCACAGACAACAACACAGCCUCCUUGCAAUUCCGCCAUCUGUGAACUCCUAAAAUCCAGUGUAUUUGACCCAUGCCACUCAGUCAUACCGCCAGGAUCAUACGUGAAAACCUGUAUUUCUGACAUUUGUAUCAAUGGAAAUAACACCUGCACCAGCCUGGAGGCCUAUGCCGCAGAGUGCUCUAAUGCAGGAGUCUGUAUCAACUGGAGGAAUGCCACCAACGGGCAGUGUGAGCACAAGUGUCCAAGCAACCAAGUGUACAGAGCUUGUGGCCCCAAAGUGGAGCCAACAUGUAAUGAAAGAUACAAUGAGAAGUUUGACGCCAGUAAGACGGCAUCCACCAACAGCUCUCAGGAGGGUUGUUUCUGUACUGAUGGCACCACCGUAUUCAACACAGUCUAUGGCACAUGUGUUGCCUACUGCGAUUGUGUUGGACCUGAUGGAGGACCCAAACAGCCUGGUGACAAAUGGACGACCAACUGCAAAAACUGUAUGUGCAACAAGGAUUCCAUGAGCGUCGUGUGUGAGCCUGUUAAUUGCCCAUCAGUUCCCGUCUGCAAUCCACCUUACAAGCCGGUCAACAAGACCGAGGGCUGCUGCUACAACCAGUCAUGUGAAUGUGAUAAGAACCUGUGUCCUGCUCCCAUGAAAUGCUCGCUGGGCUUCGAACUCAAUGUCACCGGAAGUACCUGCUGCAAAUCCUACAAGUGUGUUCCUAAAGGUGUAUGUGUCUACAACAUGACUGAGUACAAGCCUGGUCAGAAGAUUCCAACACCAAAACCAGAACCACCAAUAGAAGAACCAUCACUGACAGAAAAAACAUCAGCAACAACAGCAACACCAUCAGGACCAGUACAAACCUCUGGAACAACAGCACCACUAUCUGGACCAGUACAAACAUCAGCAACAUCAGCAUCAUCAUCAGAACCAGAACAAGUAGCGACAACAUCUGCAGGAUCCACUCAGGCACCUAUAUCAGAAGUGGUUAUCAAUCCAGGGCCAUGCCAGGAGUGUUACUGUGGUCCCAAUAUGAAUCCCAACACAAGUAUAAACAUCGUUACCUGCAAACCUAUUGUCUGCAACACAAACUGCUCAGAGGGUUCUGAAUAUAAGACCAUGCCUGAGAAGUGCUGCGGGACCUGUGUUCAGACGAAGUGUACUUUACUCACAGCUGACAACCCAAAGGUUUACAUUGAGAUCAACAAGACGUAUGUGUCGCCUGAAGACAAGUGUGUGCACUAUACCUGUAAGAAGAUCAAUGGACAGCUUAGUACCAGCCAGAUGACCGUAAUUUGUCCUUACUUUAACCCCCUGGAUUGUGAACCUGGCACCGAGACAACUCACGCCAAUGGAUGUUGCAAAACCUGCAAACCCAGGAGUGUCUGUGAGGUCCUGAGUAAUAAGGAAGUCAUCAAGGUGGGAAAAUGUGAGAGCCCACAGCCUGUCAACAUGACGUACUGCGGCGGGCACUGUGGAAGCAUGUCAAAGUAUUCUGCAGAAGCCAACAAGAUGAUGCACAAGUGUGAGUGUUGCCAAGAGUUCAAAACCAGUCAGAAAAAGGUGGAACUGACCUGCGACAACGGCUCUAAGGUCCAGCACCUCUACGUGCAUGUGGAAGCGUGUCGGUGCAAACCAGCAGAGUGUGUGCCUGGGACGACUACCAAACCACAGCGCCGCAGGAGGCGCUGAUCACUUACUGGAUCCUGCCGGACACUGGACAACUGACAAAUAUUAAGCAAAUCUUAACCUUAAAUCUUCUCCAUCUUUUUGUCACACUUUUUUGUAUUUAUAGCCUAAGAGGCUACUUUGCUGUUCACUUUCUUCAUCUGAGGAUUUCUUGGAUGAGUUAUUAAAAUUAUAUUCCUGCAAUAUGA